AGGGUCUACCUGCUUUUUAUUCUAUCAACCCCUAAAUUAUACCUCAAGUAUAAGAAUCCGCAGCUAAAAGAAGUCUCAAGAAGUGUCAACACUUUACGAGGAAUGCUGUUUGAGGGUGAAGCAGACGCUCCUCAAAGCAAUGCUACGUUUAUCAGGAUGCAAUCGAUUGAGAACAUUACGCUGCAGACUUGAAAGAGGUUUCAGUAACUUGAAUCAUGUGGAGACAGAGGGAGAAAUAGUCAUCGACCCGAAAACUAACAAACAUUUAGAUAAUGCGAAAGAGAAACAAGAGACACCUGCCAACUCUUCUACAAAGCCCUUCAAAAGUACUUUUAAAGUUUACGAUGAACACAGUCCAAGAUUUAACGACUUCAAUAUUCAGAUGAUACCAAAAUCUAUGUGUGACCUUUUAUUCGGUAAAAAUCCAAAAAGUACACCGUGCAACUUGCAGGAACUGAAUAAAGCUAUUUUGGAGUUAAAAAAGCACGGAUUGAUGUCUGAUAUGAACGGAGCGCAGGAUGUAAAAUUAAAUCUACCUAAACUCGAGGGUAAAACUAUCGACGAUCAUUUUUAUAAUAUUGGUGAAAAACAGUGUGGUUCCUACCGUAACUUAGUUCUCCACUUUUUGUCGGGGUUACCCAAAGUUCCUACCUGUUGGGAAUUGAAAGAGGGUUGGACAAAAUAUACUGAGGAUGGGACUACAAGCGUUGACUUUCCAGAUGAAGAUGUAUUGGUGUUUGAUGUUGAAGUUUGUUGUUCCGAAGGGCAAAUGCCAACAAUAGCGACAGCAGUUAGUAGUACAGCUUGGUACGCUUGGGUUAGCUCAAGAUUAAUCAAUAACAGUAAAUCCGCUGAGAACCAUCACACUUUAGAUCAACUGAUACCCCUUGAAAGUACAGACUCCGAUAAAGGUUAUAAUUUUAGUGAAAAGAUGAUGAGGCCUAGAAUAGUGAUUGGUCACAAUGUAAGCUAUGAUCGAGCGAGAGUCAAGGAACAGUAUUGGUUGGAAAGAACGGGUCUUAGGUUUCUAGAUACGUUAUCUCUUCAUGUUUCUGUCAGCGGAGUUACUAGUUAUCAGAGAAAUCUCUUGAAAGCUGGUCUAGGUCAAGACAACGAGUGGAGCAAGUUGAGCUCUUUAAACAAUUUAAGUAAAGUUCACAAUUUAUAUUGUGGUUCUGAGCUGUCUAAAGAAGAACGAGAUAUAUUUGUUAAAGGUACAAUCUCCGAUGUAUUAGACAAUUUUCAAUCGUUAGUGUCUUAUUGCGCUAACGAUGUUUUGGCUACUCAUAAUGUCCUAUGUAAACUAUUUCCAAUGUUCUUAGACCGAUUUCCUCAUCCUGUGUCUUUGGCUGGGAUACUCGAGUUGGGUUUGGCGUACUUACCGAUAAAUUCAAGCUGGAAUCAGUACAUAUCAGAUUGUAACGCAGCGUACGAUGAUUUAGAUCAUGAGGCAAAGCAGAUUUUGAUCCAACUUGCUGAUGAUGCUUGUCAACUUUUACAUGACGAUGCGUACAAAAAACAUUUAUGGUUGUGGGAUCAAGAUUGGUCUGUUAGAAAUCUGGCUCUCAAGAAAAAGGCUGGGAAGAAAGAAGUGGAUUCGGUUGAUACUGUUGAUAAUGAUGAAAAAGAUAGUGAUUUAGGUCUCUUGACGUCAAAUGAGAAAUCGGAUUAUGAAGUCCUACUAAGUAAAUUUAAGAGUUUAUUAGGAACAGAACAGUUACUUCCUUUGAAACCUCCUCAUCUUCCCGGAUAUCCUGCUUGGUACACUAAACUCUGUCCUAAAUUGUCAUCCCCGGAAUGGUCACCGGGCCCGCAAUUGAUAAGCACAUCAAUGCAAAUUGCACCUAAGCUCCUUUCUCUGACUUGGCAGUCGUUGCCUUUACAUUAUGUCCGAGGCCACGGCUGGGGUAUGUUGGUUCCUUACAAGACUGAUGUAGAACUGGAAAAUAUUGAACAAGUUCCAAUGGAACAACUGGUUUUGUAUUGUCAAAAUAUUCAAAGUGAUUUAUUGUGUAAAUGUUCAAAACUUGUAAAAGACGAGCAUAUUGAAUUUAAAUGUGAUACGAGUAACUUAAAAAGUGAUCCAUCCAAAGGAACUCCUAUAUUUUGUAGAUCUGAAAUGGGAUCUGGUUGCGGCUUGGUAAAACUACCCCAUAAAGAUGGUAAACAUUUGAAUGUCGGUAACCCUCUAGCUCGAGAUUACAUCCACAAAUUUUCAAAGGACAGUUUAGGCGGAGGUGAUGAAAAGACUGAACGGCUCAUUGAAAUUAGCAAAAUGCUCUCAUAUUGGAGAAAUAACAAAGAGAGGGUCGAAAGUCAAAUAGCAGUAUGGUUAGGGAAAAAGGAUAUACCAACGUUCAUGAAAACUGAUGUAGAAUUGGGUGCGAUACUUCCACAAGUAACUGUUUCUGGAACUCUGACACGAAGAGCAGUCGAACCUACUUGGAUGACCGCAUCAAACGCUCUCAGUGACCGAGUAGGAUCUGAACUGAGAGCGAUUGUGACAGCACCUCCGUCUUACUUUCUAGUUGGAGCUGAUGUUGACUCCCAGGAACUUUGGAUAGCCUCCAUCAUUGGAGACGCUUACUCGUACAACCACCACGGAAGCACUCCCUUCGGAUGGAUGACUCUGAGUGGCAAGAAGUCAGAUGGCACCGAUAUGCAUAGUGUAACAGCCAAAGCUAUCGGAAUAUCUAGAAACCAAGCCAAAGUUAUCAACUACGCUAGAAUAUACGGAGCUGGUCAACCGUUUGCUGAACAUCUGUUGAAGCAAUUUAAUCCUGACAUGUCGUCUUCUGAAGCGAGACAAAAAGCGUCCAAAAUGUUUUCAAUGACCAAAGGCAAACGAAUUUACAUCUUGAAAAAACACAUUUUACCCGAUAUACGUCAGCGCACUUACACAAAAUACGGAGCUAGAGAAGUAUGUUCUUUGUAUGGCAAAGGCAUCGAUGAAUUGUUCGAAGUCCCAAAAUGGAUUGGCGGAACCGAAUCAGCAAUGUUUAAUCGACUUGAAGAAAUCGCUUCAGAUCCUGAACCUAAAACUCCUUUUCUCAAAGGGAGGCUCAGCAGGGCACUAGAGCCUGGGACUGAUGCAGACGACAAAUUUAUACCGACUCGAGUAAACUGGGUCGUUCAAAGCGGAGCCGUUGACUUUCUUCAUCUGAUGCUUGUUUGUAUGCGAUGGCUGCUAGGACCCAACAUUAGGUUCUGCCUCAGUUUCCAUGAUGAAGUGCGUUAUCUAGUCCCUCAAAAUCUUCGAUAUCAAGCAGCUCUCGCUUUGCACGUCACAAAUCUGUACACAAGAGCGUUUUGUAUCAGCCAACUGGGAAUGAUAGACGUGCCGCUGUCAGUAGCGUUCUUCAGCUCUGUUGAAGUCGACACGGUUCUUCGAAAGGAAGCCGAUCUCGAUUGCAAGACACCCUCAAAUCCCUUCGGAUUGUCAAAAGGAUAUGGUGUACCACCUGGGGAAAGUUUGAAUAUUGAAGAGGCCAUUAGAAAAGCAAGAGGGACUGUAGGCCUUCCCUGCUUUAGAAGUAAAAGGAAAAGCGAGUAAUGUCAACCUCGUCAUCCACAAAACGCAAGCACGUCUACUCGGAGCUGCUUCAACCGGAACUCAGAGUCCCCAGGGAGAAUCAGCAGAUCGUGCGAUUGACGGGAGGAAGGGGAAACCACCUGC